UGCAGUUUAAUUGUUGUGGUCGAAUAAAAAAUAUUUCGCGUGACAUUUAGAAAGUUUGAUUGUUGUACCUUUAAUUAAAAAGGUGCGCGUGUUUUUUGUUGACUUUGCGUGAUUGUUGUUUUUUGAAAUCUUAUCAAAAUGAACUCAUAUUUUGAACAAAGUGGUUUUUAUGGUGGUCAUCAUCAGACAGCUAGUGCAAGUGCCGCGUCACAUCAUCAUCAUGAUCAAACAGCGGCCGCAGCCGCAUACAGAUCAUUCCCAUUAAGUUUGGGUAUGUCACCAUAUGCAUCCACACAACACCAUCAUCCAAGUUUAGCACAUCAAUCCGCAGCCACAAGACCACCACAAGAAUCCCCAUAUGAUGCAAGUGUGGCUGCCGCAUGUAAAUUAUAUUCCUCGUCAUCCGCAACCGCCGCAUCAAAUGAUCAAAAUUAUAGCACAAAUUCCACAACGAAACCAGAUUGCUCGAAAGCGGAUCAAAACGGUUAUGCUGCAGCGGUUAAAGAUUUAUGGCAAAGUAGUACUACAGGUGGCACAGCGGCAAAUAGUUUAGUGGCCCCAGUACGACCCGCGGCAUGUACACCGGAUUCAAGGGUAAGCGGUUAUGGUGGCUCAACGACAGUGGGUCUUGGUGGUGAUUCUGGAUCGAGUCCUGGAGCUGGAGGUGGUGGGCGCACAUCCAAUUCGAUAUCGUCAUGGAAUAAUCCAUGUUCGCUAAAUACAUCCGUCACACAACCUGUAGGAACACAAUUGCAUCAACAAUCGUCAAAUCAUACAUUUUAUCCAUGGAUGGCUAUUGCAGGUUCAUUGAGUGCAAAUGGUUUACGACGAAGGGGUCGACAAACAUACACGAGGUAUCAAACCCUCGAACUAGAAAAAGAAUUUCACACAAAUCAUUAUCUUACACGACGGCGAAGGAUUGAAAUGGCGCAUGCAUUAUGUUUAACAGAGCGUCAAAUUAAAAUUUGGUUUCAAAAUCGUCGAAUGAAAUUGAAAAAAGAAAUUCAAGCCAUUAAAGAAUUAAAUGAACAAGAGAAACAAGCUCAACAGGCGAAAGCAGCUGCACAAGCGGCUGCCGCCCAAGCCGCUGUACAGGGGGGUGAUCAACACUAGUGGUUACUGUAAAAUUAAAUUUAAAAGAAAAAAUAUAUG